CGGUACUCCUGGGCCAUGGACGAUCCAUGGGGUCCUGAACUUCCCAAUGGAUGGCUCAAGGCGACCGAAGGGAAGAUUGCGAGAUGUGCACCCAGAAGACGAAGAUGAAGGAGUCGAUUCAAGCCAAGUUGCAUCUAGCAGCAGGAUCCCGGCACCGCCAUCGCAGCUGCCACCAAAACGACUGGGCGUCCCGCCUCCGCCGAGCUUUGGACCGCCGUCUGCGGCGAAGAGGUCAACUUCAAAGUUGGCUUUCGAGGCAGGAGAAGCCCCUGGCCAAGCUCCACGAAGGAAACGAAAAGGCAAACGGCAACGCGCCACUCCGCUGCUUGGGAAGACCAAAGCCCCGACGGGCCUGGAGAGUGACAGCUCGGAGACCGCACGGUUGUGAAGCUCGCGCGGCUGGAAUCAGUUAUGCCUGUAAUGUGAGAUCAGCAGAGGAGCCAGAGGAGGACUCCUCGAAGGUCCAAGAGACUGGCUUUUUCCAAACCCUGUGGCAAGGGGCUACAGCUGCCAUCGGUGUUGUCAGGUAUGUGUCGCAGUUCUGCCUCUACCUGGGCAUCGACGUGGCUGCGGAGCCCGAUCUCAUCACAGAGGUGGACGACUACCUGAAGCGCCCGCUGCCCGAGGGGUGGUCGACACAUCAAACUGGGGAAGAUUGUGAAUAUGGAGCCGGAUAUACGUAUUUCAUGAAUGCUUCGACAGGGAAAACUCAAUGGACUCGACCAGAUGAGGAUGAGUUCCUGCAACACUUGCGAAGCAAGAUGAAACGCAAACCCACGGCAGGAAGUCGUCUCUUCUUUGCGGAGUUUCGGGACCGCAACCGCCGGGAGAAAUGGGCCGCGCUGGAGGAUCAGAUCGACCAUCUGUCGGGCAUGCGGCCUCUGCUGAGGGCGCUGCCGGAGGGAUCAGCAGAACCAGCUCAUGCGUCAAGCAGUAUCUUUCACGUGGUGCUCUACAACCGUUUCCCAGUGCUCUAUCCCGCUGUGGUGGAGGGCUUCGCCAGUUACUUCGGGCUGGGCUCUGUGGCGCAAUUCGCAGCGGCCGAACUGAGACAUUUUUGGGUGGCCAAGGCGGUCUUUGUUGAUCAAGGAGCUGGUACGGUGCUCUUGGCAUAUCCUUUGAACAUCUUUGUUUACUGGAAAGGCUUUUGUCAAGACAUCGGAGUGUCGAGGCCUACGGAACCUACAGAACCGGAGGAGAAGAUCUUCCCAACAGCAGCUGGGAAUGCCAAGAAACAGACCCGAGCCGCCUACAGCUUCGCAGCCGGCGCCCGGGCAGCCCGGGCUGUGGGAUGUAUGUGGACCCCUUGCGCCAUGCGGCUGGAGGAGUCUGCCGAGAUGGUCCCCCACUCUGACCUCGCACCACCGGAACCGCCCAUGGGCCCGGCGACACCCAAAGCACCACCCACGCCGAAGCAGGAAGUCGAGGGCAAAGAGACCCCGCGACAGGAGGCUGCGGAAAGUGGUGAAAGUGACCCUGACGCUGGAGAAAAAGAGACUCCAGAAGAGGAGGAAAGCACAUUGCUGCACCCCGAGGCAGACUCCGGUGAAGCAGAUGCAGCCGUAGCCGCAGCAGCCGCAGCAGCCGAAGCUGCCGCCGAAGCUGCCGAAGCUGCCGAAGCAGCGCCAAGUCCAGAGGCCGCAGUUUCGUCCAAAGAGGCCGAAAAAACUUUGCUUCCAGAGGCCCCAGAAGCUGAAGCGCUAGCGGAAACUGUUGAUCAGCCUCAGCUGGAGGAGGAUGAAAGCACAUUGCCGCAACCGGAGGCGGAACCUGUUGAAGCGGCAGACGCAGCCUCACCAAUGGAAGAAGCUGUCAGUGCUGAAGCAUCACCAACCCCAGUGCCUGAACAUGCUGAGCCUGCUGAACCUUCGGUGGAGGCGACGUCCGCAGAAGGUCCCACUGAGGAAGCGCCGGCAGAAGUACCAGAGGUGCCCUCCUCGCCGCGCUCCAGCAGCCUCUUCUCCCUGGCCGAGCAGCUGCAGCUGCAGCAGGGCGACGAGCCGCGGCGCAUCGUGGAGAUUCUGGAGGAGUUGGAGCGGAUCCCGGUCACCGUGGAGCUGUUGAGGCAGACACAACUCGGUGUGAUCUCGCAACCCUUCAAGGAUCAUGAUGACGCAGAUGUCCGGAAGGUGGCCAAACGGCUGAGGAGAAGUUGGAAAGACCUCAUUGCAGCCACAGCCGAGGCGAACGAGGCACCUAUGCCACCAGCCGAAGAGGUGUCGAUGCCGGACACUGCCGUUGCACCUGAAGCCCAGCAUGGCAUGGUGCCGCCCGAAAAAGAAGAGGAAUUGACUGUGGAGGAAGAGGCUGAUAAACUGUUGAAGGAAAUGGAGGAGAUCAACACCAAAAUGGAUUCCCCAAAACUUCAGCGGAAGGUGGGCGGCACGGAAGACGCGACGGAGCUCUUUGGGAGCACCCCACGGGAACCACAAUUGGAGCACGUCGGUGCACCAAAGCACCUCUUCCGCCCGAGCUCUGCCAGCUCUGCGGCGCCACGGCGACACUCCGCGGUGCAAGAUGCUGAUGAGGUCUUUGGCAAAUCUCCAAGAGAUGGUGCUUGGGAGACGCCGGAGCAUGUGGGUGCUCCGAAACAUUUGCUUCGACCUACGUCAGCUCAAGCUCGACGGCCGUCUUUGGAAGAGGUCUUGAGCGGAUCGGCACCUCCUGCGAAGGGGACCUUUGCCCGAGCAGCCACGCUGAGCCUAAAUCCUUUGCCGCCCACUCCAUUGCCGUCCACGGCAGCCCCACCUCCACCCAAGCAGCUUCCAAAGGCGCCAGCUCCACCAAAGCAACUGCCAGCAGCCAAGCAAGCACCCCAGCUUCCAGCGCCUAAAGCCUUGCCAGCCAUGCCAGCCAAGGCUGAAAAAGUGCUUCCCAAAGCUGAGGCCGAAAUGGAACAGAAAGUUUCUGAAGCAGCGCCAGCACCAGAACCACCUACAGUUGGUGAACUAGCCCCAGAACCACCUAAAGUUGCCGAAGCUCCAACCACCCCACCAAAAGUAUCUGAGCCAUCCCCAGUCCAAUCUGCACAACCAGCUGAGCCAGCUGUCUCAAUGGCCCCCCGGGUCAUGGCGCUGCUUCCCCCAGCACCACUGCCACCGGCACCCGCUCCAGCCCCGGCCUCGGCCCCUCCGCCGCCGCCCAAGACGGGAAGCCCUUCGCGGAAGAAGCCCAGCAUGGCACCGCUGCCGCCAGUGCCGGAGAUUGAGCAAGCCCAGGCAGAACAGGAAGCUUCCUCCGAAUCCUCCGAGGAGCUGUUGCCUGAGACGCCCGUGGCCAAACAUGCCGCGCAAGCCGCCCCAGCACCACCCACCGCUGCGGGCUAUCCGAAGAUGGCUGAAGCUCCAGCUGCACCUGGUGGAGGUGCUGGCUAUCCACAAGGUGAACUUCCAGCCAGGCCCCAACCACAGAUGAAUGCAGGGCUGCCAUCUGCUGCGCGGCGGCAGAGAGCAGAACUGGUGUCCAACUUGCAGUACCUCUGUCGCCUUUUCUUGGAGACACGAGAGCAACUCUACGCCGCGCACGAGGGGACUGAGACGGAGGCAAUCGAUUCGAUCCCCACGGGGCGGGACUUGACGUCGCCCGAACUCCCAGAACGCCUGCAGACGCAGUCCAUCGUGGAAGAGCUAGAGGUGGUGGGCACUCGUUUCCACUACCAGCUCCAGCGGGGCCGCGGUCCCAACAGCGGCUGGAUCAGCAGCAAGCUGAAGGGUCGGCCGCUGCUGGUGCGCGCGGACGUGCGCGACACGGGGAAGCACCUGGGGAAUAACGCACCCAUCCCGGAGCUGCUGUACGUGCAGGGAAGCGAGAAGCAUGGCACCUUGAGGGAGGUCCAAGGCACCUUAGACGACCUGGAACAGGGGGUGCUAAAGCACUUGGAGGGCAACCCAUCGGCCGCAUCAAAGCAGUUCCAAGGGCUGCUGGAGGACAUGUUAUUUUUAGCCUGGAGGCGGGAGAAUCGGCAACGGGUGCUCCUGUUCCUGGGGAAACAACUGGAGUUCUGCAGCAAGAAGCCUCAGCUGAAGGAAGCUGCUAGGAUCAUCUGCGAAGAGUUGUGUUUGGUGUCCUGGGCUUCAUCGAUGGUGGACGUGGAAUAUUACAGCUUUAGGGACGAACAAAGUCCGCUCGUUUUGCUUUGCGGCUUCGGCGGUUCUCAUUUGGAUGAUUUGCAGCCUGCCAUUGAGCAUUGGACGGAGAAAGGCUUUGGUGUGUUAGCAUUUGGCCCUGCGAGAUUGGGCCGGGAAGAUAUGUUGGACCUGAUCCACGCGAAGCUCUUGGAGCUUUCUCGCGGCCGCUCGGUGUUCGUGCACCUCUUCAGUGACGGCGGAUUCGGCUUCGCGCGAGCUUUGCUGAGCAUGUGGGAUGAGAGCUGGAGGAAGCAACAGACGCAGGAGGACCCACACCUGGCGCUGAAGUGCAUCAUCUGUGAUGGGGCUGGGCUGUUGCCUCAUGAGGAUGUUCCCAUCGAUCCUACGGACGAGUCUCCAGUGGAGCCGCUGCAGCCCGAGGCGACUGGCAACAGCGAAGCGCUGAAGCAGAUGACCUUUACGGCGCUGGCGUUUUUCACAGGUUGUGGCUUGAACAUGCUCAUGAACUUUGGUGCCUGCCAAGCCUUUCACGAGGAACCAGCCAACUCUUUCGGCAAGACCUUGGUUGAGUCAGCGAACAGCGGCCAGUUGGCAGGGAAGUUGUCCAGUGCGCCCCGAGGCCCGUUGCUGGGGAUCUGGCGUUUGUUGCGUGAAGUGCCGGUGCUCCUCAUCGCCUCCAAAGGGGACCGAGUGGUGCCACUGGAACGGUCGCUGUCCCUGGUCACCUGGUUCAGAAAGCUUCCGGAACGACAGCUGGUGCAAGGGCAGCGGUGGAAGGAGACUUCCAUUCUUGAAGAGGAUGGUAUGGCCGUCCACACGUUGAUUCUUGAGAAGGCGCUGCAUUGCAAAGCAAUGACCAGCCAUGCGGUCGAAUAUUGGGAGGCAGUGGAUGACCUGGCCAACUGCGAUGGGCUGCGAGAGGAACUCGAUGCAGUGCGCUUCCGACGGCUGCUUGAGGAGACUUUGGGACAAUCGCAUGGUGCAAUGCCCAAGCCUCUCAUUCGAUUGCUGAGAUCCUUCGGCCGUCGCGCGCUCUACGGACGUCGACGGAGUCCAUAUGGCCGUCGUGCAUUUGCCCAGUUCCAGCAGGCCUGUACUGGGCAGGGCCCUAAAGGCUUCGUUCUGGGUGCUGUGCCGCAGAUUCUGCGGCUGAUGGACCGGCUGGUGGACGAAGGUCGAAGGACCAUGCCUGAUGCUGUGGAGGAUGGUGGGGACGAUCCCUGGCUUGAUGGCAUGCCGGAGGAGACGGAGAAGGGACGCGGUUUGCCAGACUGGGAGAAGUUGGAUGGAAUUCUCUCUGAACCACAAAACCUCGAGUCCUUGCAAGCUGAGGCAGAUGCCUUUCUGGCAGAAACAUCGAUGCCGAAACCUCUUUGUCUUUCAAAGGCGGAACGCGCCGAGACCACUGCGGAGCCGCCGGACAGUGGCAGCUUCGCGCCGCGGGGGCGGCGCCCGGCCACGGCCGUGCCAGGUGACGAUGGCGCCGAUGCCAAACAGGGCAGGCGCCUCUUUGCUUCUGUGGGUCCUUACUACUCCUGUGACCCUGAGCUUCUUCUCAAGGUCGCUAAGGCGCCGUUGCCCAACCUGGACACUUUGGUGCGCUUCCUUAGGGGCGACCGCAUCAGGGUCGUGUCCAUGGGAACUUGCGAUGGACAAAGAGAUUUUUCGAUGACCUUCAGUUCUCGGAUUUAG